AUGGACAAUAUGAUAAAUAAUGCCCUUGGGUUUAAUACGCCGAUUUAUGUGCCAAAUGAUGUCGACGACCCUGCUGAUGAUGAAUAUGACGCUGAUGUUAACGUCGAGCGACCAAAUGAGGAAGCCCAGCGAUUUUUUGAUCUUUUGAAAGAGACAAAUACACCGUUGUGUGAAGGCUCUCGAGACUCAAAGUUAACGGUGUGUAUUAGACUUUUGGGUAUCAAGUCUGAAUGUCUUGUUUCAGAAUACACCAUGGACUUGAUAACGAAACUGAUGUUGGAUAUAACAAUAGACCGUCCUCUUGAUUUGCCAAAAAAUUAUUACGAAGCAAGACAAUUGGUUGCAAAGUUAGGACUCGGAGCGAAGAGAAUUGACUGUUGUGUUAACGGGUGUAUGUUGUACUAUAGCAACGAAUUUGGUGUAGCUGACGGUGCAUUACUUGAAUGUAAAUUUUGUCAAGAACCAAGAUAUCGUGUAACAAGAAAUUCAUGGUCAGUCAGAAGGAAGCCAAUCCCAAGAAAGGCGAUGUUCUAUUUACCCAUAAUACCAAGGUUGCAAAGGUUGUAUGCAUCGAUGCAAACUGCCAGUAAAAUGACAUGGCAUCGUGAAAACUAUGAAAGGAGAAAAAUGUCAGAUGGAUUUACACCAUAUACUCAAGUAUCAGCCACUCCAUAUUCAUGUUGGCCUGUUCUGGUUACCCCGUACAAUCUUCCUCCUGAUAUGUGCAUGUCAAAACCUUACAUGUUUUUAGCCGCUGUAAUACCAGGCCCAUCUAGUCCAACUGUUGGUAUUGAUAUCUAUUUACAACCUUUGAUUGAUGAUUUGAAGAGAUUGUGGAACAGUGUUGCGACGUAUGAUAUCAACCAAAAACGAAAUUUCAAUAUGAGAGGAGCUUUGAUGUGGACCAUUAAUGAUUUUCCUGCAUAUAGGAUGUUGUCUGGAUGGGGGACACAUGGUAAACUAGGAUGUCCUAUUUGCAUGAUGGACACCAAAGCGUUUUGGUUACACAACGGUGGGAAGGCUACUUGGUUUGACUGUCAUCGUCGGUUCUUGCCUACUGAUCAUCCGUUUAGAAGAAAUAAAAAUGCUUUUGUUCAUGGUGACACCGAGACUCGCGAUCCACCAGAUUAUUUGACAUCCCGACAAGUCUGGAACAAAGUGAAAGAUAUUCCAAAGGUUGAGGUUGUAGGUGGUGUUGCCUCUAAACCGCGUGGUUAUGGACAAACGCACAACUGGACAAAAAGAAGAAAAACGAAAGAUAAUGACAACGCGAGGAGAGACAUAGGGUUGUAUUGCAAACGUAACGAACUGUUGUUGGUGGAGACAUCUAACGACAAACUUCUUAAACCUCGUGCAAACUAUACUUUAUCUCCUGACGAAGCAAAAUCUGUUUGUCGAUGGGUAAAAGAAGUGAAGAUGCCAGACGGUUAUUCGUCGAAUUUGGCGAGAUGCGCUGAUGUUGACCACGGAAGGAUGCGUGGGAUGAAAAGUCAUGAUUGUCAUGUUUUUUUCUAG